GACUUGGAUGUGUGGUUCUUUUGCCUCUUGUCGGGGGUCCCAUUUAAGUGAGCCCACCCCCCUCUUCCCUAUUUACUCGCCCCCCUCUCAGUAUUGGCCCCAUCUCAUGUAUUGUGAUGGGGCUGUGGUGAGGGAGUGUAUUGCCUGGUAUUAGACUCUCCCAGUGACUGUGGAGAUGGAGAACGAACAGAGACCCGAACAAGUUGCUGAGCAGUAUCAGUGCUGUGGGCUCCUGGAGCAGGACCUGACUGAGCUCUGCACCCUGGCUGGCAUCACUUCCAUCCCCAGGGUGACUGUGACGCCUUCACCUGCAGCAGAUGCUGCUUCACUCAUAGCUGAGGAUGAAGAGCAAAGCAGACUUGGAGAGCAAUGCAUCCAGGUGGAGCUGCAGAAUGAUGACCCCCGGAGUGUCUGUAAGGUCUUCUUACGAGGCUGGAAAGUGGAAGAAGAGAUUAUGGGUGUUCUUAACAAGUGUCUGCCCUCCCUGGGCAACCUGAAGACCCUGAACUUCUGGAGUGCUGGGCUGACUGACAGCAUGCUGCCUGCAUUGGGCACAAUGGUGGCGAGCUGCCCCCAGCUCUGGUCGCUCACUCUGGAGGGGAACCCUUUGCCAGAGCACUCCUUCCAUGUCUUGAUAGGGGCCAGCAGCACGCUGUCCCACUUGUCUCUGCGAAACAACUGCAUUGAUGACACGGCUGCACAACUUCUGGGUCAAGGCCUUUCUACCAUGACCUCCUCCAACCACAACCUGCUCUCGCUGGUCCUCAGCUUCAACUGCAUCACGGACGUGGGUGCAGAGCACAUUGCUGAGGGGCUGCGAUGGAAUCGCUCGCUGCUCUCCCUGUCCCUUGGCCACAACCGUAUUGGGGACAUUGGAGCCCAGAAGCUGGCAGAGGUGCUGCAGCCCUUCAAGCUGAAGCAUGUGGAGGUGGUGGAGCGGAGGAGGCUGCAGAUGGAGUCACAGGGACAGCCCCGUGCACAGGCUGAACCUAGCUGUGGUCGUCCCCUGAGCCUGCAUGGCAGUGAUGUUGCAGGCAAGCUGUCUCCAGCCAAGCAGAACAGGAGCUCAACCAAAAGGAAGGACCGGCUGCGGAAGGAUGACAUCAAGCAGAGCAAGAAGAUGUCGGUCUCCUUAGACACCCGACGUGGCCGUCUUGCAAAGAUUACCGAGGAGCAACACAGCACUGAUUAUGCCCAGGCAGUGGAACAACCCGGGCCCACCCACCCAUUGCUGGAGCCAGGCUGGCAACAAGAUGGCAACGUCAUCUUACCUGGAAACCGAGUGCUGCUCAACCUCAACCUGGCCUACAACCGCAUCACGGAGCGUGGCCUGCGUGCAUUGCUGGCUGCAGUGGAGGGGCAGCAGCAGCAAGAGGGAGCCGGGGGGAAGCAGGGGUUGCGCCGCCUCUCUGUGCAUAGGAACAGCUUCCCCGCUACCUGUACAGUCCUUGCCCAGCUCCAGGAGCUGCUGCAGCAGAGAGACCCCCUCCCUCAGCUAACAGAGGAGGAGGAGGAGAACAGCCUGGAUCCCUGAGCACCAUUUGCCUGCGUUUGAGGACCAGCAUCUUUCUGAGCUUUACUUUAAUAAAGUUAUUAUUAAACAGCAGCCAGUCUUGGCUCUG